AUUAGAAAGCGGCCUAGCAGCAUCAAGCAAUGUUGCGAAGUUGGCGUUUGGGGCUAUAUAUAUAAGGGCCUACCUUAUGGAAAGGUUUCUAACUUCACUCAAUCUUGUCCAUUAAGUCAAAAAUUUUCUACAAAACAAUAUUCCUCAGAAAUUUUCAAAAUGUGCGGCAUAACGGGGAGCAUUGCCCUGCGUCUAGACCAUGUACGCGGGGGUACUCAUGGCAGCCCUGAAGCAGCCCCUGAUGAGUCCCUAACCUACAAACUUUAAGCCUCUCUUGAGAAAAUAAAGCACCGCGGACCAGAUGGAUCUGGCAUCUGGGUCAGUCCGGAUGGCAGUAUUGGCCUUGGUCAUUGCCGUCUUGCCAUCAACGACCUCUCCCCCAGCGGUUCGCAACCUCUUUCAAGCGAUGAUGGGCAAAUUCACACCGUCGUCAAUGGCGAGAUCUAUGAUUACGACCGGCUGCGGGGCGUCUCUGCUGUCGUUCACGGCUACAAAUUCCAUGGCGAAAGCGAUAGCGAGCUCGUGUUAGCUGUCUACAAAAUACACGGAUGCCCGGAGUUCUUUAAACACCUGCGAGGCGAAUUUGCAUUUAUUCUUUAUGAUAGCCGCGAUGGAUGCAAAAUGGUGAUUGCUGGGAGAGAGAUAGGUUUGGUAUUAAGCCUCUGUUUUGGACGACUGUUGGGGAUAGGGUAUUACUAGCAGCGGAGGCAAAAGCAUUUCUGCCUUUGGGUUGGAAGCCAGAGUGGGAUGUUGGGGCAAUACUGGAACGCGGUUGGACGGUUGACGACAGAAUACAGUUCAAGGGCGUGAAAAAGGUAUUGCCAGGCCAAUGGCUUGAAAUCUCCAAGAAGGGGCUUGAAUUACAAAGAUACUGGGAUUCGGAUUAUGAAGAUAAGACAAAACCUGACACUCGGAGCAUUGAUGAAAUGGCAAUUGGAGUCCGCGAGCGACUCAUCGAAGCAGUCCGGCUGCGACUCCACGCUGACGUUCCUGUUGGCAUAUAUCUGUCAGGUGGUAUCGAUUCGUCUGCCAUUGCAGGAAUUGUAACCCAACUUGCGAGAAAGGAACACAUCAAGAUUGGCAGCCAAGCAACAACGAGAGUGGAAUGCUUUAGUGUUCAGUUUCUAGGAAAUUCGGGCUAUGAUGAGUUAGGUAUCGCCGAUAGGACAGCCAAAUGGUUGGGUGUCGAAACAAUUAAGAAGGUUGUUGACGAGGCCAUUCUAGCGGAUAAUUUCACCGACGCAGCAUAUCGUUGUGAACACCACAACAACGAUCUAAACUUUGUGGCGAAGUUUGCACUAUCGACGCUUCCGCAAGAGAAUGGGAUCAAGGUCGUAAUAACAGGUGAGGGAGCUGACGAACACUCUGCGGGAUACGCAUACUUCCUACAGGACCUCCUGCUAGAGCCGGACCUAUCUCAGCCGAACUCUAAACCCUCGUCGGACGAGGUCCGCCAGCAGCUGCUAAAGAAAGUGGUUGAUGAGAUGAGCAAUAUUUCCCGCAAUCACGGAGCGGCCAAGAAUGACAAAAACGGAGAUAAUCGCUUUCUUGCUGACGCCAAUUGCUGUUCAAUGCCCAUGAUAUUAUCCUGGGUCGCACAACCAUCCACAAAGGUUUUCGCAUCAUGGAUACGCGACAGUAAUCAAGAGUACGAUUUCUACAAGGCGUUAAUGAUGUCGCACUCAUGUGAAGUCCGGGCCAAGAUGCGAUCAACCUGGCAUCCACUGCACACAUACCUAUACAUGUGGAACAAUAGCGCCCUAUCCAACUACAUUCUUUCGGAUCUGGGCGACCGCCUCGAAAUGGCCCACAGUGUUGAGGGACGCACACCGUUCUUGGAUCACCAUCUCACGGACUAUGUGAACAGGCUUCCUCCAAGCGUCAAAGUCGCCUAUACCGCACAACAAAUGACGGCGGAUACUCAGCAGGACGACGCAAUCUGGAAGAACGCCGGGUCAGCACUGCAGUCGAUAACAGAGAAAUGGAUCCUGCGCGAGGCGGUUCGGCCGUACAUUACUGAUGAGAUUUUACCGGAGGAGAAUGCGUUCCUGGCACCAAUAAAGUAGCCAGAAAAGGGGCCCCUGCAUCGCAUGUUUGAAAAGCUGCUGACUCGUGAUGCUGUUUAAAACCUAUGUUUUGUCGGCUACAAUGUAGUUGAGCAGGGACUAGGUCGAGCAUUUGGUGAUAACGCAGAUGGACUUGUGUUCCGUACGUUGCUGUGCGUCGGCUCGUGGGUUGCCUUGUCACAAAGUUUAGGCGUUAAAGGGGCAGAGGCGGCGGACUAUUCAUUAAGUGCAUCUGCUUUUACCAUUUCUUUUAUGGGGCUGAUGGUGUUUUGAUGAAUCAAUGAGUCUACGAUGGAAUUACCUGCCACAGCUCACGAAGCCCCACUGGAAGCUUUACACAGCUUGCCUGAGUGAGGAAGAGGAUAGCUAGCGAUCCCCCUUUCCCCCCUCAGUCUUGGACUGAUCUCAAGAUGCAUCCCUAGGUUAGAACCGCUAAGCUUCACGCUAUGGGUAACUAUCCAUGAUGACCGCGCAACCUUAUCUAAACCAAACCUUGGAAUAGUUAUAUCAAAAUAUAUCCAUUUGCCU